UGUGAUGGCAAGGGGCGCAAAGAGUUCCGGGAUAUGUAGUGCGCUACAGUGACAGACAGCUGACAUUUUCAGUGGCAGGCAGUGGCCUGUGUGAUAUGUUGUGCUGCUUUUAAUGAUUUUAUUCAAACUAACUUUUUUUUAAAUAUAUGUAUUUAUAUAUAAAUAAUUUUUUAUUUAUUUUUAUUUUUUAUUUAUAAAAGAUAUGGGUUGUCUACAGAUCCUGCUGAUUCCAAAGAGAAGAUAUUUUCUGACUUCAGAGAGAAACUCUCACAACAACUAAAAGCCUUUUUACUGUCUGGAGGUGUCAGGUAAGGUCCAUGUGUCUGCCACUUACCCCCAGGGGGGACAUCUCCCACUAACAUGCAGUACUUUCCUUGAUUAAUGUGAAAAAGGCACUCUCCACUGGCUCCAGAGAUCUUCAAUAACUACAUAGAAAAACCUGGUUACAAAUUCUAUCAUUGGUGGUAUCAUUUAAAGAGACACUGUAAGCGAAAUAACCAUUACUUACAACCUGUUGUGGUUAUGGUGCAAGGAGUCUUGUCUUAGGGCUUUCGUGUCACUGAAACCCACCAGGUUUGCCAAAAUUGGAGGGACCUCACUGAACCUGCACUUUAACCCCCUGCAAUAGGCUGUAGUGGCUAUUGGUGCUCAAAGAGUCCAAAUAUAACACAGGGCACUUGUAGUCCUAUUGUUAUCCCUGUCAUCCGUGAAUUUCAAAGUGCGUGGUAGACACACCAUUUGCGGACGGUCAGCUGUGACACAUCUGCAAGAAAAGUGUGAUAUUUAUUGUAAUUUAUUUUUUGAUUUUAUUUUUUUACCAAAACAAAAAUCUGACCACCACCCAAAGAAUAGACUGUUAAAUUAAAAUAGAAUGUUAUUACUGUUUACUUAACUUUUUCCGUAAUUGGUGGUAGCUUCCCCAGAAGAACUCCACAAUUGGUCACCCAAUAGACUUAAAAACAAUAUGGGGAUACAGCUUAGUGUAGUGUAAUACUGUUACAAUUUGUAAAUUGAUUUCUAAAAGUGCAUCUUCUCCCUUCUUUCUCAAAAACUACAGUGGUGAGCCAUGUAGGAAAGUGUUACAAUAAAAUAAAAAAAAAUCAAUAUUAAAAUAGGUCCAACAUGUUCCAUCUCAAUGUGGUACUUCCUCAUUGUUCAAAAGGGCCCUGAAAACCCUCCUGCCGGAGUCCCUCUUUAAAUAGCCAAUUAUCGCUGUCGUUGGUGGCUCAGUGAGUGGUUCAGUAAAAUCUGUAAUAUAUUAUUAGAAUAGUUAACGUUCUUGAAUCAUCCAUUUAUUUACACCAUUUAUCCUCCCUGAACCUUCUAUUUUCAUCUGAAAUUCCACUGUGCUAUAUUAUUUUCUCAUUAACACCCCACAAUUAUUUCCAGCCAUUAUUCUUACUAUUUAAGGAACACUCCAGACACAUAAUGCAUUUCAGAUUGCUGGAGUUCUUAUCUGACCGGAGUCUGUCAUCUGUUUUACAGUUUAAAUAAGCUUCAAUACAAAUCGACACUUUUAUAAUUGCAGACAGGAACACCUCCCUGGCUGUCACUCAAACGGCUCCACAGAGCUAAUGAAAGUGUCAUGCCUGGGCUAGAGUGCAGCUGUCUUCCCCUUUCCCUGUGAGCUGUAUUACAGCUCACUUGAAAGCAACAUGCACUCAUGCCUCCAGCACAGAGACUUCUCGAUGACCUGCAACAGACUGAAGGUCUAUGCUGGGGGAAGAGGUGAGGGCUUGCAAAGGCAGCAGACAACAGAUCGUCAUCAUUUGCAAAAUGAUUUCCCCUCACCCAACCCAAGCAAAUAAUUAAAGGAGCACUAUAGUGCUAGGAAAACAAACUAAUUUUCCUGCCACUAUAGGGUCAUUAGGUUCCCCCCACCCUCAGGGCCCCCUUCCCGCUGGGUUGAAGGGGUUAAAACCCCCUUCAGCCACUUACGUUUCUCCAGCGCCGGGCUCCCCCGGCGCUGGUGACCUCUCCUCCCCCUGCCGACGUCAGCUCCGAACGCGCGUGCAUUUAACCUGCCCAUAGGAAAGUAUUACUCAAUGCUUUCCUAUGGAUGUCCAGCAUCUUUUCACUGUGAUUUUUACAGUGAGAAUCGUGGAAGCGCCUCUAGCGGCUGUCAGUGAGACAGCCACUAGAGGCUGGAUUAACCCUCAGUGAAACAUGUUUUCCGCUGCAGGGUUAAAACUAGAGGGACCUGGCACCCAGACCACUUCAUUGAGCUGAAGUGGUCUGGGUGCCUAUAGUGGUCCUUUAAGUCCAAACCAGUCUAUAAUGCUCUUGACCACUCCCCAUUCUGAUUGGUUCCUAUAUGAAAUGUCACAGAAACUUUCUUACCUUUCAAUGGCUGCCCAAUGAAACUGAGCACCCAACCCGUUAUUGUUAUUGGUUUGUAUCUCAAGACCUAUCAAAGUUGCUUGUGAGGUGGCGUGCAUCUAGAGGGGGUCUGUUUGUGGUGUAGGCAGGGUAUGUGUGUGGCUGAGGUCUAUAGUGUAUGUGUGUUUCUCUACGGCUGUAGAGAGAGAGAGGGGGAGAUACUUUGAACAGUGAGACUGCAGGGGCAUGAUCUAUUCCCCAAAACUGCUUCAUUGAGCUAAAGUUGUUUUGGUGCUUAGUGUCCCUUUAAAUGAGGAAAUCCAUAUCUCUUUGUCUUAAAGGGAGGCAAGGACAAGUGAGCUCACCAUACCAUACCCUGGAGCCAUUAUGUCCCUUUAAUGACUGAUAACUAAGGUGGAUGUAUACUACAGAGCUGUAAUACAAUCAAUAUUACGCAGGUGAGUACAAAUUCCAUCAUGUAUAGCUGAUAAGGUCUUUUUCUACAUCUUUUGAAAAUAUCUUAUUAUUGGGAACUUUGUCAUCUUUUUCCUAAAACGCACAAUUAUUGUAAAUAAAAUGUCUUUAUACCAGGUUACCAGCUUUAUAGCUGUCAGUUUUGGUACACAUAGAUAUAUAUUACACAUUGUAUUGGGGGUUCACUAUGUGAGCUAUCACAGUAAAUGUUAGUUGCCUAGGGCUGUUAUCGGGGGAAUUAAAGUCUAUAAUCUGGUCAGGUUUUUUUUAAUGCUAUCAGGUCCCCUGACCAGAUUGGAACCGAUUCUCUUCCCUCUCAUGCAGCAGCACAAAGAAAAUGUGAUUUUAAUUAAUUUUUCUGUGUGUCAUUGUGUAUCUUUGUGUAUGUCUAGUAAUGUGUGUGUGUGUGUGUGUUCCAGUCUAUAUCUGUGUAUUUUGUUUAGCACUGUGUGUUUGUAUCUGUGUGCAUGUCUGGGAACUUUUCCCACGGAGUCCCCUGGAUUUGCCUGGACCUCCGGUUCUGUCUGGGAGGGGGUUCUCCCUGAGCGAUCAUGCUCAGCCCUGUGGCCACUCACUACCCUCUAAAAACCACACAAACAGGGAGAGCAACAACGUUCCAUGUAUUAAGGGUGUGAGGACUCUUGUUCUAUCCCACUGGGAAAGUAUUGAAAUAAAAAUAAAUAAUCUCCAGCACUCCUCUUAGUGAGAAAUAACCAUUUACUGGUAAACCAAAGGAGCAACUUUUUUGACUAAAUACACAGAGCUGGUUUCCCAAUAAAGGCAUAUACUUUUUUUUUUCCAAUAUAAGGAGUACUGGAUAUUUUUGUCUGUACCUCCUGUCAGGUGAAGAUUACCAUAAGGACUCCCUCGUGGUUUCCGGUGCUUGUCAGUGAAUCUGUGCACCUCAGCCACUUGACUUAGCAUGGAGACUGCGUGUGUCAAAUUAAAGGUAUCUACACCUGAUAUUGGUGCAGACCACAAUGCUCUGUCUCGUCCUUCACCACACACAACACUUAGAAUCCACUCUACACAUAAAAUUUAACCACAGCACUCAACCAGCACACAGACACACUAAUUUAUUAUUUAAAAAAAUAUAUAUAUUUUUAAAUUCUUUAUUUUUGCGUGCAAGAGACAUGCAGUAACAAGUACAUUUGCAUUGCCCCAACGGCAUAUGCUCAUUGUUAGCCAAACAUCGUUAAGUUUUGAGGCAUAGCAUGAAGAAAUUGUGCACAUUUUUAUAUAAUGACAUGAAGAGUAGUCAAGUAGGUGUCGUUGUAUGAACAUGGUGCUAUCAGGUAGAGUGAGUCAGCGCUUUAAAAGUCAGUCACCCCAAGCCUUCAGAAACAGGAGCCCCUGCGUGUGUGUAGCAUUAAAUGGUCGACUAUUGUGCUGUGUUGUGUGUCUGUGGAGGGCCUUGUGCAAGCGUUUGGUGCGAGCGGGACCCCCCAGGAUGUGUGCAUGCGAGAGGACGUGUCUGCUGCAUGGGGGUAUGGUAGAGAUCGUCAGUGGCAAGGAAAGCAUGAAAGAGGACAAUACCAGAUCUCAAGCGUUUAGUGGGACACACUAAUUUUUCCUUCAAACGUACAUUCUCGCACGCAGACUUGGUCUCUCCCAAACAUGAACAACAUUCAUCCUCCACACACAACACUCGGAUAUCCUCAUUCACAGGACAGAGCAUUCGGUUAUUCACAGUUCACAAUUCUCUGGUUAGUUACUGAUCGUUUCUGGUUUAGAGAAUGACCCUGUGAAUGAAACUGGGAACUGGAUAGAAUUGAAAAGGUAAUUGUAAAUAUUUAACCAAAACGGCCAAAUUGGAAAAAUAUCUGCAUUUCUGCUAUUUUCUCAGCCUUAAACUACAAUUUCCACAAUUCCCCAAUUAGUGAAGAAAGUAAAAAGAAGUGGAGUGCAGAUGAAAGGAUAAACAUUUUUUUUUUAUUUUUUUUUGUUUAUAGGCAUAAACAUGAAUGGAUAGACCAAACAUAACCAAUGAUGAAUUUAGUGAGAAUUCUCACAUAUCUUUCAUUGUCCUCAGAUUUGCAAGUUGACAAUGCUAACACUAGAGGGCACUCUUUGUAAAGUGUUGCAUUCAUUCUAGCGAGUUACUAUUUAAAAAGAGCCAACCUUUUAUGCUCCAUGGAAUAAUCCUUUAACCCCUUAAGGACCAAACUUCUGGAAUAAAAGGGAAUCAUGACAUGUCACGUGUCCUUAAGGGGUUAAGGAGCACCCCAUACUCUGAAUAGAUUCCAGCUUAUUUUGGGCUAACAUCAAUUUAAAGAACAAAAAAAAAAAAACACCCUACAUAUUUUAAAGUGGGUCCUGUAAACUCCACAUUAUUAACUUAUUUUUGAGCUGCCUAUUUUUUAUAUUGGGAAUCCAGCCAUGUUUAUACGCUGUGUCCAGUUGAAGUAAAGUGCAGUAAACCUGCUGUGACAUCAUUGACUAUGAUGAAGGCUGAUGAUGAUGAUGUGUGAUGAUGCAACAAUUGAGGUGCACUAUAGAAAGUACCUGAACCUGGCAUCUCAGAGCCAGACCUGUGGGACCAGUGGAGAAGCGUUGAUUUGAGAAAAAGACCCAUCAUGAAUCCCAUUACACAGCAUGACUGGAGACACGACUUUUUGAAACUUCGGGAACUGCAGGCGAUACAGCUCUCUAAAGCUUAUUGUAAACCAGCUAAAUAUACGAAACCCAUAGAAGAAAAAGAGGAGGCCAAAAAAGAAAAGCCUAGAGGCAGAGUCUCCAGACGCCAGUCAACAAUCAAAGUAGUACGUUAGAAUAAAGACUUAAAACACAUCAAGAGUUGAUGGUUUGUGAUCAUUCCACUUUAAAACAACUCCUUUAGAGCCAGACUAAGGUUACCCAGAGCCCUAGGAAGAAUGUCAACCUGGUUCCCCUUCAUAGAACCCCAUCCAUAAAUGUUGUCUAUACUUGUCCAAAUAAGUGUGAAAGUAUUAGAACACAGUUUGACUGUGCAUCAUAACCAGUAGAGGGGGAAGACUAUACCUGUAUUGCAGUUUUAACUCUUCUCUUUGUGGUAAGUACCGACAAGAGGAACGAUACCCACCCAUCAUGUAUAUUUUGGAUCCCCCUUUGAAUGCCUGUGUGUAAUGGUUUUGAAGCUCCCUCCAGAUCUUGCCUGCACUAAUGCCUCAGCGUAGAAAUAAUUGGAGCUUUAUACAGAUAAUUAUGCGGACAAUAAAACAAUAGCACAGUCUUGUAAUUUACAUGAAUACGCAUGAGUGUGAGUUUGCAGAGAACAGCAAUAUGCGAAUGGGUUUAUUCUGUGUACAAAACGUUAUUGAACAAUACAAUACAAUACAUCCCAUUGCUUAGCAGUGUGUUUGAUGCAUUUAAAAUGUUUGGGAGUUUAAAGUGAAUUUCAAUUUUUUUUUGGCCAAUAUAGCCAAACUUAAACAUUUCGGUUGACUUAAGCCUGUCUCCAAUUCAGCUAUUCUGACCUACAACCUGAAAUGCACUUUAAAUGCCCAACAAUUUACUCUUUUUCUGAAUAAUGCUGCACAUGUGCUUUCUUUUCUGUCAAAAGGAACAGAUCGUUUUUGACCUGCCGCUCCAACAAUGUUCUUAGUUGGGCUGUCUGGUGGCAUUGCAUCCGGCAAAAGCACUGUGGUCUUGAUACUUCGAAAACUGGGCUGUGCAGUGAUUGAUGCCGACGUACUUGCUAGGCAGGGUAGGUAACCAUGCAUUUCUCAAGCUUUGAAACUAUAUGGGCAAUUAAAGGGUGCAAAUGUGAAAGGUUUUGGAUACAUACGUAACACAUGCAGUAAUCAAGUUGUAGAAGGACAUGUGGGGCCUCGAUAAAGGUUUUGUUGAUCAGUCUUCAUCGACUACGAAGAUUUAGGAGUUCAAAUGCAGUUUAAAAUUACUUUUGAAGCUUAAAUGGUUCUUAAGCAAGGUUACGAGGCAGUGAUCUACACAAGCGUUUCCAUCCUCCAUUUCUUAAAGAGAUGCUCCAGUAGUAUCACUACCAUCACCACGAUUGCACCAGCAACACCUACAUUUACAAGAUCUACAGCCAUACGACAAAUUUCUGCAGAAUUUGAAAUAAUCUUUUAUUUUUCCUCUGGAAAUAUUGUGGUUGGUACUUCCCAUGUUAUUUGGGAAAUCUCGUGGAGGUAAGGUGUGUGUGUGUGUUUUUUUUGUUUUUUUAAAUCCAAGCCCAGAGAUUGCACCUUGUACACGGGAGACUAGGUUUUAAAAAAUCUGGUUGGCAGGAAGCUGAACUAUAGCCACUCCACAUGUGGCGAAUAAAACUCUGCCCUGAAAGGCUGCUAUACCCUGAGCUUCCAUUCUUACUUAGGCCAAAUUAUUUUCAGGUAUAAAUAAUACACACACAACAGGUGGAGUUAUAUGUACUUCUUUUAGUCUGGAUCAUAUAAUAACUUCCGUAAAAACAAAAGGAGGUAAACUCUAGUACAAAUAAAACUGCUUAAAUGAUAAGAUAAUCACAAAUAUAGAGCCAUAAAUUCACUUGGCUCUAGUGUAUAGUGUUUCAGGAUCCUCCCGAUGAACUGAAGAAGGCAGAUAAGUUAUGGUGAUUGGACUUAUAUUGUUGCAGUGUAAGCAUGCAGAAGCCAAACACAGAAAUAUUGGACACAGGUCUUCAGGAAGUAACAGGCCUUUAUUCACAUUACCGAUCGGGUCUCAGAUGAACUCCUGUUCCAACAUUCUGAGAGACCAACACAUAGUGUACAUUCCUUAUAUAGCACUAUAACUCCUCCCAUUAAUAGCUACACCCACAUAUACCUUUAACCAAUCAAUGAGCAGAAUAUAGACUUGUACAUCUAGUCAAACCACAUGGCUCAUCCAAGACAAAGGAAAUAAGUGCAAUUUCAGUUCCUGCAUUCCUGCACAUGCUCAGUACACUGAUGACAGUAUCCUAGCUACAUGUAGCUAACCAACUGACACAACAUACACAUAUGCCACAUGGAGAUUUUGGCCUACUAAAUUUUAACCAUGCUGGAAUCCCAUCACAUUCCCCCCUUUUGAUGCCUCUGAUAUAACAUUAUUCCAGAUGCAUCACCAAUCACAGUUUUACCUACAUCUCUCAAGUAGCCAUUGAACCAGAGUAGACCUUGUAAGCAUCUUAAAAACUCCUUCAACAUUCUUCAUCCUGAAUAUAUUCUCUUCGGGCUAGGGGAUCAUAUCUUCCAGACAGCCAUUACAUGGGCAGCUGUCUUUCUCUCUAUAGUACUCUCUAUAAUGCUACGUAGGGACCUUACCACUAGUGGAAUUAGACAGGGCAGGAGGAGGCACAAAAAAAAAUAUAAUAAAUUCUACUCCUCCUACUAAUGUCUUAAUUCCUCCAAGCUGCUCAUACCAACUUCCAAACCAACUACUUAGGUUAUACCCAUUCCAGACCUGAGUAGGUACAUGCUCAAAUUUAACCAUGUGGCUUGUAAGUUCAGCCACUGCCUGCCCUUCAUCAUCUAUGUGCAGACAACAGUUACUUAGAUUAAACUUUCCGCAUACACCUCCUUCUACUACUAGUAAGUAAUCAAGGGCUAGCCUAUUCUGGUAUAUGGCUGAUCACAUCUUGGUAUUUUGCUUAGCUAGAAGAUUAAGCACUUGAGCUGUCUCAUAAGUAAUAAUCUCAACUACCGCCUGUAGUCUAAUAAUGCGGUUGAGCAUAUAUAAUCGGAGUUCUAUAUCCAUAAGUGCCAUCUUCUGCCCAAGUAGUAGGUCCAUAAUAAUUAAUAAUACGUUGAGGGGGCCACUCAUUAUCUUCCCAGCUACCUAUAUUCAAGGAUGCUCUCUCCCUUUUAUGAUUUACAUCGUAAACCUUAACUCCCAAGGUCUCUCCUGUUUCGAUUGGCAACAAGAAGAAGGAUGGCUUUGGCAUACCUAAUACACAUGCCCCUUCCCAAUCUUGUGGUAACUCCGAAUAAGUUUUCUUACCACAGAUCCAGUAUAAAUUUGCUGGGGCUUUCCAACUAGAUGUAGCCGAUAAGUCAAACCAUACCUCCUUUAAAUGAGUGUAAUUGGCAAACGGAUUAGUAGGUUCCGAGACAUUUGAAGCUGACCACCAAGUAGUAUUUUUAGUAUUAACAUUAUAGGCUUUUUGUCCCAAGCACGUUAGCUCACCUACAGACGUGUUAUACAUUGUCCCUUUCCUGGCUAUACAAACAUGACCUAUAAUGGAGGUUUUUAACCACCAUUCCAAUUUACUUCUAGUACUUACUUGAUGAUCAGACUGGAAAGGUAUCUGUUGUUCAUAUGUCUCAGAGCCAGGGUACCAUAUUUCCUUUGCCUCCCAUGGCCACUGGUCUCCCAUAUUAGUACCUCCACACACAUAGCAAUUAGUUACAUUAAGACUACCUGCAAUACCCUCAGCCAAAUCAAUAAAUAGGUUGUUAACAUUAUGGGGAAUUUUAUCCUCAAUACUCAUCUCCUCAUAGAAGGAAUGAGAAACCUGAUGAGUUUGAGUUGCCACUGUCUCAGUUUCAAGACCUACAUAUAUUAUUGUUCCUGAAUCUACUCCUGUGCCAUAUAUUUGAAACCCAAACAGACCUCCAAACCUGUCAAUAAAGUACUGCAGAUUGGAAAUGGUCAUGUGAACGGGGUUACACACAUAGUUUUACAGUAUGGUGUGGUAGGCAACCUUUGGAUAAUCAUAUCUUUAUCCACUGUUUUUCCCAGGUUGCCCAACCUACACAUGACCAAUAGGGGCAGAAGUUAGUCUCUAUUUGGGCAAUCAGGAUCAGUAGAUCUUAUACUGGGACAUAAGUAUUUAUCAUUAAACCCAUAAGUUCGUUCCCAUUUAAGAUUACCACAUACAUUCCAAAGUCUUCCACUACCCGAAAUCGCCUUACAUGCAUCAAAUAGUAGAAUACCCGUGGAAUGUAUGGUGCUUAUCACAGUCCUAUUUAGUAAUGUCCCCUGGGAGUUACUAUUCCGAAUUACCAACCAAAUUGUACGGGGUUGGAAAUGGGGAUCAAAACAUUUAGACUCUCCUGAUAUUGGCUUGCACACACUAUAAUCAAUAUCCAAAUAUCUACAUUUAGAUACAGAUCCCUUACAUUCAUACUGUGAGUGCCAGAUGAGAGUUUGGGAUAUUUGGUUACCUGUUUUAGUAGUCUUAAUGCAACUAUCGCAAUUCGGUAUGUCUGUACUCCUACCUUCCUGAAAAAUCAUAAAAAUACUAAGACACAAUAAAACACAUUAUUCCUGAAAUCCUCAUUUUUCUUCGACCGUGCGAUGGCCUCUCAGCUUCCCGAUUGUGAGGGCUGCAAGGAUGUUGUUCUUCUGAUCCUCACUUUCCUUCACAGAGAUCCCUUCAAGAUACUCUGGCUAUGACACGUAGGCAGGUGGUCAGGCUUUAUUAUGGCCGUCAAAACACCUACUUGAUGAUCUUUGUAGACUUUUAACUAGAAUGUCUCGAUAUCCCCUCGUCACUCCGACUGAGUUGCACGCUUCAACCGGGUCCUGCAAGGAUUCUCAGGAUCUGGAGUAGUUUGCCAAGAGUCUGCUGCUGGUUUAACCUUAGAAUGAUGAAUCCAAGGAGUCACUUCCGCCACCUUUACAGCUGUUGGGGUAGAUAAAAGAACAACAUACAAAGGCUAACAGGAUACACCCCGAGCUUUAACUCAAUAUGUAUUGGUGGGAUAUUACGAGCAAGUCCUGGAGGAUUAUUUUCUUCCCAUACUCCUGGAAUGUCAAAUAAGGAUUCAUCACUCUUAGGGUUAACACUUGUCAUUAUGGAAUAGAAGCGUCAUUCUUCUUCCCUUGGCACCGAUAUCACCAUUAUGCCUGGUAAUCCCUUAAACUUCAGAGAUGUUAAUCCAUUAGGUAAAAGGUUAUCUGAGCUUAAAGCUUCGAUAAUAGAUCUCGUCCUAAAAGUUGAAUCGGACACUCUGGCAUAUAUAGGAACUAAUGCUUCACCACAUGGCCUCCCAGAAUACAAGUGCGACUCUUAAGAACCGGUCUAGCUGCACUUCUCCCAGUAGCUCCUAUCACAGUUAUAGUCUUCCCCGAAGGCGGAGCCACCAUCUUAGUCACCACAGAAUGUUCAGCACCUGUGUCGAUCAUGAAAGAACUUCUCUUUCCCCCUAUUGCUACAUCGACCAUAGGCUCCGCUCGACCAAGUGGGAUGGAGCCCAGUCGGUAUCAAUAGUCUUCCAUGAUAGUGUCAGCCAGACCCACAAAAUCUCUAUCCUCUCUUUCUCUAGGUCUCUGCGUGGGUGGAUAGUAUCUGUCUCCUUGAACACUUCCUCUACUAUUCCCACCAUUCCCUCUAAAACUUCCUCUUACUCUAUAACUACCACUAUAACCUCCUCAUACCCUUCUCUCUCCUUGUCUAUCACCUUCAUACUGCUCUCUCUGUGGACACUCACUCUUCCAAUGUCCCUCCUUUCUACAAUACGCACAUUAAUUCCUACUUAAAGUCCCUUGCUCAGCCUAUUCUCGUCUCCUCUAUUCACUUCCCUGUCUUUCUACACUUAAGAUAGCUACCGCUAGCAUAUCUGCCUUUUUCCUCAUUUUACGUUCUUCCUCCACCUCUCUCCCUAUUCAUAUAUACUGUAUUUGCAAUCUCCAUUAGCUGUAUUAUGGACAUCCCUACAAAUCCCUCUAAUUUCUGUAAUUUCCUUUUACUAUCACCUUGGGCCUGGCUGACAAAUGCUGAGUCUAUCAUUCGGAAGUUUUCAGGGGCCUCUGGAUUAAAGGGAGUAUACAACCUAUUUGACUCAAGCAGUGUCUAAUAUGGGACUUCGGCAAGGCUGCCCAAUAAUAGGUUCCAGUCUACGGGUAGUAAGAUAGGUGCAAGGGGGUGAGCUAAUUUUAUUAGUCGGCAUUUGGUGGAUGAAAAAACGUUUUUGUUUAAAGUGUUAAACCAAAAACCUACCAGUAGGUGUCACCAGAGGGUAAUUGUAUCAAAAUAAUCUUUAUGGGUCUAAUAAGAAAACUCAACUUUUAAUAUAUUUAUACAUAAAAUAAAACCUUAUAGCAAUAAAUAUAUUAAAAUAGGGUAAGCAAUCCUACAUCUAUCUGUUAUAAACAAUGUAUUAUCAAUGUAACUCCCGAAGAUGGCCAGUAGGUGGCCUAGAGUGCCUCCCUAAAGUCAAAUGAAACAAAUAGACUUUAAUUAAUUAUGUCCUAUUUUAUUAUUACUUAUUUUAAUCAAUGUCCACCCUGCUAGCUAGGCUUGAUUAAAUCUUUAGUUCUAAGGUAAAUUAAACAUUUCAGUUUGUAGUUUAGUAAAAGGGGACAUUUUGGACAAAGCUGGGAGGGGCCCAUCCAGUAACUAAAAAAAACAAUAUACCAUUUGAUACCAUUGAUCAUUGAUUAGGGGGAGGGGUAGUACAGAAAUACAAGAGUUUGAAACACAGGAACAGAUAGGUAUGUAGGUAGGCGGGGACAGUAGAGCAGGGAGAGUGCAAAUACUGAUUAUACCAGCCAGAAAUGGGCGUGGCUAAUCUGGCUCUGGAGGAUGUUUGGGGGGUUGGUAAUCAGAUGCCAGGGGGGGAGGGGAUAUCCAAAGCAGUUGUAAUUAAGUCCUUAGUUCUGACCACCAUAUGGCUACAUUGUUUCCCAUAUGACACAGUUUAAUUCACCAAGGCAAUUUUUCAACAAAUCAGUUUCCAACAGUCAAUUUAUAGAAACUGAUCAUAGAAUUCCAGCCUACUAGUUACAGCCACAUGUACACCCUGCACUAAAUUUAAGUGAAGACUGCUACAUGGAGGCCAUGCGGCCACCAGGACAGGCUACUCCCUACUUUUUUUUUUUUUUUUAAAACAUACAAGACAAAGCCUAGUGAAUCAGAAGAUUAUUUCAACAGAGCAUCUGAUUCAAAAAGCUGUACAAAUAUACACACAGUUUCAACAGUCACACCAAUCUCCUUAUCACCAGCAACACAUUGCGCAGUCACUAGGCCCAAACACACACACAGGAUCCUCACAUGCUCAACAAUAUCACGACGUCGCACACACGAAAUUAAAUCAAAAACCCACCAAAGACUAUACACUUAUCAAUGUAACUAUUAUUCAAACCAUACAACUAUCCACGCUAUUAAUCCAUAUAAACUAACCGAUCACAUAACAUUUCAACAAAUUCAUCUCUACAAUUAUCUGUACUAUAAAUCAACUCUUGACUAACCAACUAUAUCACAUUCUAGUAACCUCAUCUUUACAGUCAGUGGUUAUGGUACAGUUAGUAAGUGGUUAUAAUACAGUUUUAAAGUCACAGAUCAGUUAGUAACAGUUAUGGUAUUAUACAUAUAACAUAAAACAGCAAUUGUUAGUAAUUUUUACACAAUGUCAGUGGUUAUGGUACAUGUCAGUAGUUAUGGUACCGUGCGCUAUUUUACAGUUAUACACACAAUUUACACUCCCACUAGACAGCAGAGCUCUAACUUUCUAGUAGGACAUACAAGUUAACCAAUUCACCAACUACAAUAUAUUUAACAACAUUUACAAUAAUCCCAACUAUUCUAACUGGCCAGCACCUCGAGAGCUUUCGAUCUAUUUAUACACCAGAGAUUCGAUAAGUUCUUCGCUGCCCAGACACCACGUAUAGCGAACUAGAGGGCAGAAUUUACACAGUACCCAGCUAGUCUAUUAAACUAUCAAUAAGCUAGUGGCUGGAUUUACAACAGAGCACACUUAGUUAAGAUAGGGUGAAAUCUAGCAAACUAUAAUAUACAACAGAGUAUGCUAGUCUCCCGGUCCCCCCGACCUAGCGAACAAAAUUUACACCCUAGAUACGCUAGUCAAGACAGGACACCGGUGUCCGACAUGAGCUAUUUACACCAGAACUCAGUCUGACCCAAACCAAUAAGGGUUGCGCUUUUCACUUCUUCCAUCCAUAAGGACAGGGCAGAUUCCAAUAACCGGUUCCAAAUAUAAAACCCCUUGUGGGUCUACCGCUCUAACGGUAUCAAUCUUACCUGUCAAUUACUGGACCUGGGUUCACUCAUAGACGGAACAAUCCGGGACUCACUGCGCAGAAGCCGAUGAUCUCCUGGACAAAAGGCCAGUGGCGCCGAGACGAAAGGAGGUCCACGCAGUAGAAGUCCAGGAUUGUAGCGUAGAAGGUUUGGUAAAAGUUUACCGUAUCAAAUCUCUGUGCCAGCUUCCGUGCGAUGAGGUUCCCUGCCCAAUUGCACCAGAAAUGUUGCAGUGUAAGCAUGCAGAAGCCAAACACAGAAAUAUUGGACACAGGUCUUCAGGAAGUAACAGGCCUUUAUUCACAUUACCGAUCGGGUCUCAGAUGAACUCCUGUUCCAACAUUCUGAGAGACCAACACAUAGUGUACAUUCCUUAUAUAGCACUAUAACUCCUCCCAUUAAUAGCUACACCCACAUAUACCUUUAACCAAUCAAUGAGCAGAAUAUAGACUUGUACAUCUAGUCAAACCACAUGGCUCAUCCAAGACAAAGGAAAUAAGUGCAAUUUCAGUUCCUGCAUUCCUGCACAUGCUCAGUACACUGAUGACAGUAUCCUAGCUACAUGUAGCUAACCAACUGACACAACAUACACAUAUGCCACAUGGAGAUUUUGGCCUACUAAAUUUUAACCAUGCUGGAAUCCCAUCACAAUAUAAUUAAUUUUAUGAACUUUUAUUUUAAGUGUUUUUUUUUAAAUUUUAUUUUUUUAUUGAUAUUGGUUUUAUUUUAAUUAUAAGAAUAGAUUUGGAAAUCACUUACCCAAGGGAUCCAUGAUUUAUCCUUCAUUUAUGAUGAUACUGCCCUGUGUCAUCUAACCCAAGUGAGUGCAAGCAGUAUUUACUUCCUCUAGAUUCAAUUAACAGUAUUAUACUAUUAUCCUUUUUUUUUUUUUUUUAUUCCAGCACUGGUUGCACCUUAUUGAAGGGGUCUUUGGAUCCCCCUAACGACUGUGAAAACACUACACACUACAGCGAAUUACGUUUAUGGCUCUAUAUUUGUGAGUGCAUCCAUUUUAUUUGUACUAUAGUUUGCCUCCUUUUAUUUUCACAGAAAUUCUCUUAUGAACCAGACGAAGGGAAGUACAUAAAGCUCUUACCCAUUGUGUUAUUUCUACCUAGGAAUUGUUUGACCUAAGAAUAGAGUCUCAGGGUAUAGCAGCAUUUGAGGGCAGAGUUUAAUUCACCACAUGUGGAGUAGGUAUAUGGAGUGGCACACUGCCAACCUACCACCUCUUUUAAUGGACUAUAAGCACCAAAACAACUUUUAACUUAAUGGAGUGGUUUUGGUUUAUAGAUCAUGUCCUUGCACACUUCUCUGCCAUAUAUGAGUCAAAUCAACUCCCCUGUAUGAGACGUACACACUCUCUGUAAAGAGAGAGAUAAUGUUUUAACUUUAUUGCACAUUAGACCUUUAUUGCACAGUCUGUUUAAUUUAGAAUUUCUUAUCUCCUGCUCUGUUAAUUACUUGCAAGAGCCUCCUGUGUGUGAUUAAAGUUCAAUCAACAGAGCAGGAGAUAAAAAAAAAAACCUUUUAAAGUAAACACAUUGUGGUAUCACCUCUGAUUGAAAAUGAAACUGCCAGGGAGGUGUGGCUAGGAGAGCAGAAACAGAAACAAAAGUAACAAAACUCAUAAAUUGCAAAAACAAUUGAGCAAUGACUCCUCUGCUGCUGUAGUAUAGUUGCUCUUAAAGGCCUACUAAAGUCAUCCAGAUGACUUCAUCUCAGUGAGAUAGUCUGGGUGUUGUCGUCCUGUAUGUUUAACCCUCCAAGGUAAAUCAUCGCCAUUUUUGUAGAAACGGCAAUGUUCUAGUGGCAACGGCAAUGUUCUGAAAAAUCGGUAAGUUAUGGUCGUGUGACACAUACAUAGGAAAGCAUUGAAUACAGUGCUUUCCUAUGGGGAAGCUUGGAUGCGUGCACACUGCUAGCUGCGCACGUGCAUCAGGCCCUCAAUGCUUCUCUGAGGUCCAUUGGAUUGAACCAUCUGUGGAGGUGGCCAUGUCUUCUUGAGAAUGUUGCAGGAGGCAGAGAGGUGAGCAGCGGAGAGGGAGAGUUUAUUUUGGUUUUUACCUCAAGCAUCAGUACCAUCAAGUCAUGGGCUGGUUGGAUGAGAUGGCAGGAGUAAUAACAAGCAGUUGGAGUAUCUGUAUUUUACUAUAGCCAAUGAGUGGAAUCUCUAAAGUUGUGUUGGUUCUAACUAUGCUACCUUACAAAUGGCAUACACUCAUACAUUUACCACUAUUUCAGAGAAUCUGACUUUUCUUUCUCUCUUUUCUUCUUUUUGUAUUCUAUUUUGUUAGUGGUUCAACAGGGGACCCCAGCAUACAACAAGAUCGUAUAUCAUUUUGGAAAAGAGGUGCUUUUGGAUAAUGGCGAGCUAGAUCGUGAGAAGUUAGGAUCAAUUAUUUUCUCUGAUCCAGAAAAGCGGGGCUUGCUAAACUCAAUCACACAUUCACCUAUCCGAAAAGCAAUGCUAAAGCAAAUACUCUGGUAUUUUUUCUUAGGUAAGUUGAAUGUGGAACUGCUGCCUCAAUGUCUUAUAAAAUUCGAUUUUUAUAACCAUUUACUAAGCACAUCAUUUGUGUCUAGCACAAAAACAGACCUGCCAACACCUAAAAAAAAGGUUUUAGUUUUUUUGUUUUGGGGAGUGUGAGGUGGGCACACGUAAAUAGUUAUUACAAACCUAGUGUUUUAGCUGCCAAGUGAGUAGCUAACACUCUGAGCAAAAAAAAUAAUUCAAGUUAAGAAUAAUCAUGUUUUUAACAUAAUACAACAGAGACUGAUUUUUUUUUUUUAAAGUGUUUAUUUAUUUUAUUUUAUUUAUUCAAUUUUAAAGGGACAAUAUAGGUAUUCAGACCAAUUUAUCUCAUUGACAUGGUCUGGGUGCAAUGGCUUUGUCCCUUUAACCCUGCAGAAAAACUGCAGUGUUUACAGGGCUAAGACAACCUCUAGUGACAGCUUUCCAGACAGCUGCUAGAGGCACUUCCUGGUUGCUCACAGAGUUUUACUGUGUGAAAUGACGCUGCAUGUCCUCACUCUUUGCUUGAGGACAUCUAACAUCUUACAAUUUCUUUAGCACUCACCAUGAUAUUGCAGAAGGAGAAGGAACUUCUGUGCUGGAAAGAGGAAUAUGUUAAAAAAGGGAUUUUUAAUUCUUCCAAGAGCAGUGGUGAGGGGGGCUAAUAAGUUAGGUACAGGGCUCACUCUAGCUUUAGGAAUACAGGUUUGUAUUCCUAAUGUUGUUGUAAACUUGUGGAUACUUUUUUACUUUGACAUUCUUUCUGAAUGAUGUUUAAGAGAAAGUUACAAGUGGCUAGUUCAAAGCCAGAGUUCUGAUAUAUAACCUUUUUAUAUUAUCAUUAUUUAUCAAAUGUACUUCAAAUAGUGUACAUAGUGUUUCCUCUGAAAAACUGUAAUCACCUUGUAUAAAAGUAUGACAAAUACAUAAAUUCAUGAUUUUCGGUAGUAAACUGCUGAGCUGACAAAGCGUCAGGUUGGCCUCAAUAGCUCUCCUGACGACCUUGGUAUAUGAAAGAAACAAAAAAACGUGGGUACUAAAUUAUUUUCUCUUUUGCACUUAAUUCGAUAAGGUCGGUUGUCAAAUAUAUAGGGGCCAGAAUAGAUAUUGAAACUUUAGUUUAUGCAUGUUGGACUAGGGAACAACCAAGUCUUGUUUUUUUGUUUGUUUUUUUGCUGUGGGUGUAUGUAUUAAUAAACCUUAGGAUGCCCCCUAGUGGUAGUAAUAUAGAACACUUUAAAAUGUGAAAAAUAGGACAGAUUUAGGGAACUUUAUCUUAGCCAACAACAGUAUAAGUAGUGUUUUUUAUUAUUACUUUUGCACUUUGUCAUCUUAGCACUGUACUUCUGAAAAUCUGCAUUUGUCAUACUUUUGCAUUCAUACAAGGUGACAAAUUUUUUAUUUUUUUUUGUGUGUGUUAAAGCACUCUGUCUACUCCAAAAUCCAUAGGUAGAAGUAUCAUAGGGUUAUUUAUUAAAGUGAGAAUUGUCAGGGAAAAAGUGAAUUUCAAACUUAAGACCAAAGUAGACAAACUGGAAGAAUUCUCAGUCACCUAUGCUUCCAGUUCUGCUGGUUUGACCUUACAUUUUAAAUUCACUUCAAAUUCCUGACAGUUCUCAUUUUGUUAAAUAACCCUAUCUCUCUCUUUUUCCUAUAGUCAGUAAGAAUGUUAAGUAGCUUCCAGCCUUCUUCCUUUUUCUCACAACUCAACAAGACCACUCUCCAUUACGUUGCAAAGCUAGGGAAGCUGCAACCAGGAUGAAAAGCCCAUGAUUUUAAAUAAUUUCUAUAAUUGCACAUCAAUAACUUAAAGAUGAGCUUUUAAAAAUAAAAAUAAAAAAAAUGAAUUAUGAUGUGGCGGAACCAGCCUCGCCACUGGGCAUUGGAGAAGACUGAUUGCCAGCCUCCUGCCAUGUGACUAUGGCCCCUGGGAUGUAUUGCCUGCUCUCCUGUACUGCUGAGGAUUGCUACUAACUAGGUGGAUUUGGCUAUGGAGCUUGUGUAGUACCUUCUGUUGGUAGCAACAGUAAUAUGCACUACCUGAAUAGCAAGACUGGUAAUUUGCAUAUUUGGGUAGAUUUGCAUAUCACAAAUUCUGCAUGCAGGAGAGACAUUUUGUGUUAAUUAUGGUCUUCCCCACCCAUAUAUAAAUAUGUAAUUAUGUUAUAAGUCACUGUAUGUUGCCUGCUAUGAUUUGACGGUUUGUAAUUUUAUUGAGUUUUCACAGCAAUGUUAAUGUAAUGACCAUAUGGGCUAGUCCCAAGUAAAAUAAAGGUUUAGACAGUUCUAUGUCACCCUCAAUUUUGAGUGCCGUCUCUUAUUGUGAGAAUCUACUACAAGAGAUUUCUAUGCUAGUCAUACUCCCUUGCUAAAUCACUACUAAGCUGUUGUAAGAGCUUGUUCCUGUCUUGCUCUCUGAAGGAGUCUACGGUGGUUGAAAAAAAUAAAUAAAGCUGCUGUGGCUCAGAGGUAGGAAGCAGGACCAGGACUGUGAAGUUCCCCAGUUCAAAUCUCCUGUAGGGAACUCCUUGGGCGACCACGUCUGUCUGCUGCGGUGAGAACCGUGACACCAAUCUAGCAUUAUACCCAGUGAAGAAGGUAUAGUUGUGGAGGAUGAAGGGCCAUAUGUACUAGGGCAGCAGAAAUUCAAGUAAAGGACUCAGAUCUGAAGUUCAUGGAUGGUUGUAUUUGUAGUCCCAAGAAGAGUCAUGGUCAAAAUAAGGGCAAAUAAUUUGGCUACUUCAGCAAGUCCCAUUGCUGACAAGUGUAUAAAAACAAGUGCUGUCUCCAGAUCUCCAAGAACAGACAAGGGUAGUAGAAUGACUUAAUAAAUUAAUAAACAUUAAUAAAAACUAUAUUGCCUUUCCCUGGCUCCCAACUUCACUUAGAAGACACGGCCUAACUGAGAUUCCACUGCCACAGCCACCAAGUUUCCUAUCAGUCCUUUAAAGAUCUGCCGGAAGACACCAAGGAACAUGGCGGACUGCGUAGAUCUGUUUCCUGGAUCGGAAUACUAUUGCUGCUGGUCAAACCCAUGAGCAGGUGGAGAUGUAACACCAUACAGGCUCUAAGAGCGCUAUUUGGACAGUGGGUAUCUACUUGGUUGUGUAGAUACGAAAAUAUGGUUGUGGGACACAAAUUGUGUGUCCAUGUCCAAGCAGCCACACACAAGCCUAAGUUUGAACAAUAUCAAGAUGAACUCUAUAGUAGUCUCAAAGACAACUCUGAGAUUGGUAGAUGCCAAUAGAACCAUACUUGGCUGAAGCUAUGCCAAAUUCAAAUUUUUAGAGGUUAACACAGUAAAGGAGUUGAAUCAUGCGUGGGAUAUGCAUAAGGCUAUCCUAGCUAUAAGAUAAGGCCAGGGACUAAUGAAAGUAUUUAGAAAAUUGGGCAGACUAGAUGGGCCGAAUGGUUCUUAUCUGCUGUCACAUUCUAUGUUUCUAUGGUUUUGGUGUCGGCUGGAGUGCUUGGAGACCUCAGGAAGUGCUAGGAGCAUCCUUCAACGGAGGUACCCAGUCGGGGUGCCAGAUGAUCCGUUACAUUGGUGGCAGCGGUGGGAUGGCUUCCUAGCCUUGGAAAAACCAGCACUACUUCAGAGAUGGAGGACGUGCAGUAUCUCACGUUGACGCCAGGCUCCAGCAGCGACUACAGGAUGUGAUGCGCAGUAUGGAGUAUCCCAUCCCAGCGUGGAGGGUGGCGCUUCAUACCGAUCUCUGGAAGGAAGACAUCAACGAAAUUCGACCCUUCUGGUGCGAGGAAAUCCUGACCACUAACCAGCGCCAAGCAGAACAACUAGAGCUGCGGAUGCCGUUAUUGGGAAACCAGCCCUCAGAGGAAUGGGUAAGCGAACUGGAGACGCUAGUUGAGACUGAGGUGUGGCUGGAUGAUUCCUAUCGGGCCCUGCGGUGGCAUGUUACCACCUCUACCCAUGGCUGAUCGAGUACAAGUGUAUUGAGGGGGAAGACUACGAUGGCCCUGGUUUGUUGUGGGAUACUAUUGAAACUAGUCUCUGGUUCGGAGACACCGACAUUGCUCGCUUCUGGUCCAUCCGAGCUGAGCGGGCAGACAACUGGGACCUUAUGGAGAUCGAUGCCAUUCAGCCAGAUCUAUCUUUUCUUGCCAACCGGGAGUGGGAACUAGAACAGGAUUAUGUUUGCCUAUUCCAACGUAUAACACCGCCUGUCUCUGACAUGAUGGGGCUUAUUGACUGUAUACCACCGGAAGCAUUGAGUUUAGUUCCUCCUCCCCAGCAACCAAGCCUGUUAUCAGGGGACCUUGGUACUGUACCACAUAUGUCCCAACCAGCCCCAGAGAUGGAAGACCUUAUUGACUUGUCCUGGGAAGACACCCAGCUGGCAGGUGGAGAUGGGACCGAGGUCUCUCUACCGGCCCUACAGGGAUGCUGGGCAGUCGGCCCAGAUCCCCAGCGGCAGUAUGUAUCCCAGGGAGCUGAUGGUGCCGUCCUUCCUCCCCAGCGGCAGUGUGUGUCCUUAGGAGAGGAGACAGUUGGUCCCUCUCCCCAGCAGUCCAGUGAGUUACAGGGAGACGAAGGUGCCGUCCUUCCCCCCCAGCGGCAGUAUGUUUCCCAGGGAGCUGAAGGUGCCGUCCUUCCUCCCCAGCGGCAGUGUGUGUCCUUAGGAGAGGAGACAGUUGGUCCCUCUCCCCAGCAGUCCAGUGAGUCCCAGGGAGCCGAAGGUGCAGUCCUUCCUCCCCAGCGGCAGUGUGUGUUACAGGGAGCUGAAGGUGUCGUCCUUCCUCCCCAGCGGCAGUGUGUGUCUUUAGGAGAGGAGACAGUUGGUCCCUCUCCCCAGCAGUCCAGUGAGUCCCAGGGAGCUGAAGGUACCAUCCUUCCUCCCCAGCGGCAGUGUGUGUCCUUAGGAGAGGAGACAGUUGGUCCCUCUCCCCAGCAGUCCAGUGAAUUACAGGGAGACAAAGGUGCCGUCCUUCCUCCCCAGCGGCAGUGUGAGUUCUUGGGAGAGGAGACAGUCGGUCCCUCUCCCCAGCAGUCAAGCGAGUCCCAGGGAGCCGAAGGUGCCUCCUUCCUCCCCAGCAGCAGUGUGUCCGGCAGGGAGCAGAGACAGUUGGUCUCGCUCCCCAGCAGCGGGACAAUAUAUUGAAAGGGGAGACAGUCGGUCCCCCUCUCCAACAGCAGAGAGAGUGUCAGGGAGAGGAGCUUGUUAUCCCCUCUCCCCAGCGGCUGAAAGUAUGUAUGGGAGAGGAGCUUGUUACCCCCUCUCCCCAGCGGCAGCUUAGCCCACCAAGGGGAGACAGUAAGCUCCACAACAGUGCAGAUGGGACCGUGGUCUCUGCACAUGCACCACCGGGGUAGGGACAGUCGGUCCUGUCCCCAGCAGCAGGGCUGUUUAGCCAAAGGGGAGACAGUCAGUCUCCCCCUCCAGCUCAGGACUAUGUAACCAAAGGGGAGACAGUCGGUCUCCCCCUCCAGCAGCAGCCCCAGAUCCCGAGAGAGGAGCCUACCAACUCUUCUUUUCAGCAUGGCUCCAACCAGGCUACUCCCGUGGUAGCGCUGGCACCAGGGCAGAGUACCGCGGGUCUCUGCCCACUCAGCAACCCACCAAGGCAGCCUAUCAGUACCCCACACAGCCGUGGUGAGGCACCUGGACAUGGACAAGCUAAUCUUUUACCCAGGUGUAGUAACCAUGUAUUGUGGGUGGGCUGUAUUACUGUUUGUGCUUCGUGGGUGGGUUGCUGGACUAACCAGGGCACUGACCGGCAGGAGGUCAGAUACCCUGUUAGUCUGUUUGGAAAAGGGGAGAAAUGUGGCGGAACCAGCCUCGCCACUGGGCAUUGGAGAAGACUGAUUGCCAGCCUCCUGCCAUGUGACUAUGGCCCCUGGGAUGUAUUGCCUGCUCUCCUGUACUGCUGAGGAUUGCUACCAACUAGGUGGAUUUGGCUAUGGAGCUUGUGUAGUGCCCUCUGUUGGUAGCAACAGUAAUAUGCACUACCUGAAUAGCAAGACUGGUAAUUUGCAUAUUCAGGUAGAUUUGCAUAUCGCUAAUUCUGCAUGCAGGAGAGACAUUUUGUGUUAAUUAUGGUCUUCCCCACCCAUUUAUAAAUAUGUAAUUAUGUUAUAAGUCACUGUAUGUUGCUUGCUAUGAUUUGACGGUUUGUAAUUUUAUUGAGUUUUCACAGCAGUGUGAAUGUAAUGACCAAAUGGGCUAGUCUAAAGUAAAAUAAAGUUUUAAACCGUUCUAGUUCACCCUCAAUUUAGAGUGCUGUCUCUUAUUAGGGGAAUCUGCUACAAGUGAUUGCUAUGCUAGUCAUACUCCUUUGCUAAAUCACUUCUAAGCUCUUGUAAGAGCUUGUUCCUGUCUUGCUCUCUGAAGGAGUCUACGGUGGUUAUGGUGUUGGCUGGAGUGCUUGGAGAUCUCAGGAAGUGCUAGGACCAUCCUUCAACGGAGGUACCCAGUCGGGGUGCCAGGUGAUCCGUUACAUAUGAUUAUUCGAUAAUGGGGUAAAACGGAAAGAAACGCAAAUAAAUUCUCUUUAAAGGAUAUAAUUAUUUGAUAAUGGGGAACCAAAGCUGAACAUUUUUCUUAAGAGUGUAUUAAUCAAAUAGAAAUUCCAGGUUGCUUUGAUCAUCACUUUCUAUCACAGUGCGGUCUAGCUUUUUUGUGCAAACUAGCGGGUGCCCAUAUAGGGGUCAGUACUGAACCCAGCCAUAAUAGGAUCCUCAAUGGGAUCACGGAUUCCUCUAAUAACCAGUUAUUCAUUGAACCAUUGACAUCAGAGUAAACAACCCGUAGAGAUCCAUGUGAAAAGCUGCUCAGAACACAAAAUCUGUAGGCAAACAAUCACAUCCUACAUUAAUUCAAGGAUUUUUGUGAUAUAAUAAAAAUACUUUACGAUGAGCAAUUAUUCAUUUCACUAGUUGAUUUUUUUACGGAACUUUCAAGUUCAGGGGAGACUCUGAUCACAAAUCUGCUUUGCUCUGCUGACACACUCUGGGGAAAAAGGCCAGAAGGAAGACUUUGCCUGUUGUUUCUGUACUCUGUGUACAUUUUAUUAAAAUGUAGCAGCACACUAGUGCACAGAGGUUACGUACCGCGUUUAGGUAAGGAGUCAUCUUCACACAAGAGAGAGGGCAACCAUAGACUUUCUGGAAUAACAUUUCUUAGUUCCUAAUAUUGUACAGAUUACUGGGAGCCACCAGAGUUGAUUAUUGGGUACAAGCCUCAGUGAACCAUUAACUACCUCUAUGACUGCACUACAUUGAACUCUGUUUUGGAUUGCUCUCAGGUCUCCCAUCCCGUGGGUAUAGGCCAUACCAGUGUAUGGGGCCUGGGCCCUAUAUUCCUAGUGUGUAUACACAUCUCAAAUAUCGCUCUGUAUAACCUAUAUAUUUCUACCUGCUGGUCCACGUGCCAUUGCUGCUUUGUAUUGUGAGGGAGUGGGCCCAGGAGACUGACAGCUUCCGUCUCCGGCAGGUCCUCACUCUCUAGCGAUUUCCAGCUGUCAGAGCGUUGCCACGCCUUACCAUGGAAACUCAAUACUGCAAAGCUGGAAACUUAAAGUACCACCGGGCCACGAGGGAAUGUAGUGUUCCCCUGUGGCACAAAGAGGGUUAGAAGCAUGGAGGGGAAAAAAAUAAAUAAACAAAUACACACACACACACACACACACGAUAUAGACAGGGUGUUUUCACUAACACAACCAGGGGUGAAGUCCUGGGGAAUAAAGUGUUGGAACUCACCCAAGAUAUGUCCCACUAAUAGAGAAUAACUAUUCUGCAUGCUCUGUCUUGCUUUCUAUGCUAUUAAAUGGUGUAACAUAAAAUGCAAUUAGAAUAUCUAUAAAUCCAAUAUGCUGUACAAACUGAACCACGGAAGUAACAAAAAGAUGAUAAGCUGCAAAAAUAAUUAGUUGAAAAGACAGUCAGAAUAAAAAUCCCAAAUAAGAGACUGUCAGGAUUACAGAAUGAUCCAGCACGUAGAACUGUGUAACACAGAGGACUAGUAGGUAACAUAUACCGGACCUUAGAAUGGCCAGACUAACGUACCAAAGAAUAGUCAGGAAUAGCCGAGGUCAAGGGAAACAGAAAGAGACACAACGAUAAGGAAAAGCCAGGAGUCAGGGAUACCAGAAAACAGGGAAGUUAAAAAACAAUGCCAAAGUCAAAUAACCAGAAAUACCAGAAUCAAUAACGCACUCUCAGACAACCACAAGGGAAACCACGACAGGGUACUGAGCAGGAUGAGAACUGGGCCUAAAUACCCCUCCUCUAGAUCUAAUAGGCUGUAACCGGCCUUUGACCCCAAAGGCAGUUACCAGGUUCCCAUUUGCAUAAUUGCUGCUCAGCAUUAAUCCUUCUGUGGAUUUGGUUGCUGAUCGGCACAACUUUUCCUGUGUGGACAGUAAAUGCCAUUAAUCACAUUUUUAUAAGCGGAUGAAUACAUGACCGAGACAGACUAUUCAGUGACCGUUUCCUAAAUCUCCCCCAAUGAAUUCCAUUAUUCCUGGUAUAUUAUAUCACUUUACUGAACCACAGCCUUUUUCUAAAAUCAAGAUUUAUUCACUUAACAACUAAUUCUGAUGAAUUGAAAAAACUGAAUUUGCAGCAGUAACCCCAGUGUAGUAUUUGAAGAAUAUUACAUCCAAGCUAAUUUGGUCCAAAUUCAGCAAAUUCUGGUUUUUAAUUCACCAAAAGUUACUUUUUAAGUGAUUUAUUUUUAAUAAAUUCAUAAGUUGUGUGUGUGUGUGGUUUUUUUUUUUUUUUUUUUACCUCUUAAUUUAUCCCCUCACCCCAUAGCAGUUGCCAAAUUGUUUGCAAAUUUUCAUGUUUUUAAGUGUCCAUAUAGAACGAAUAAGAGGGAAAUUAAAGGUUCAUUUUUUUUCAAGAAACUGGUGAAAAAUGUCAUUUAGCCAUAUGGGACAAUGAGUUAGAAUCUGGAAUAUAAAACCGCAAAGGCUAAGUAUUAUCCUUUCCCCUUGGAGAUGCCAAUCCCUAUUAUAUAAAUAUGUCAGUCCAUGCUGAUAAGAUCUGCCGUUAUAGGAUAACAGGAGGUGUUUGUUGGAUUAUGAAAAAUAGAGGAUUUGUGUAAGGGGGAGGAGGGCAGAGUCCAUGAAACAGAAAUGGAGAAACCUUUUAUUAAAUUCAGAUGUUAAUGAAUGGUUAGCGAUAGCCAAGGCUGCCUUUUAUGCACCGUUUAAAAGACAGGGUAGUCUAUAGGGGUUGACUGUUUAUACAGUGAAAUAAUUUAAUGCCUAUUUCUCUUAUCUUCUGUGUUGAAAUUACAAUGUAAAGAAUGAAACUUGGACUCUACUCUACAAAUGUAAACUGCAUAUAUGGAAUGUGUACCAGUGAUAGAUAACUGGCAAUGCACAUGUUUUUAGAACAAUUCCCAUGAUUCUCAACCAGACUAGUUUAUUCAUCUUGACCUUUUGAGAUCAGCAUUAAGAAACCCACAUUUUAACAGACGAUAUUAUCACAAAGCUACAGGACAAAAUUUGACGACACUUCGGGAGCGAUAGAGACAUUGAGAUGCUAUGUGCACGGAUCAUAAAGCAAUAAAAAUGUAAAAUGAAAAGAAUAGAUCUGAAAUGUAAUUAGAUACAAAACGGAGGUAUAUGACAUCUCAAUACAAUUUUUAUCUUUGUUUUAUUUUAUUAAAGUGUCAUUGUUGUCAGAUCUGAGACGCUCCUAAAGUUUAUACGUAAAAUAGUUUUAUUAAAGAGAAUUAAACACCGAGCCAUGUCAGUGACCAUGCUCAGAGUGAUGUCAGGGUAGCUGGUUGCAUGAUAUUCCAGAUGUCAAAUUAUUUUGUGCAGUUGUAUUUGUAUAGUUUAGCAACCAGACAGUUAUUUAUGAGCUAGCCUUCUUGUACAUCUCAGGGUUAUGCACUAGAGUAAUAAAUUUGAAAUUCCUAACAGCCAAGGCCAAAGUAGCUGAAUUGGAUAAUUUUGCCAACUCUGCUAUGCUUGCAGUUCAAACAAUUUGACAUUCACUUUGAAUUCCUGACAAGUCUCUUUUGUAGGAUAACCCUGCUAGUUUAAAGGAACACUGUAGUGUUAAAAUCACCAUUUAGCCCCCCUGGUCCAUCUUACCCCCCAUAUAUAUUGUAAAAUCUUACUUGUAUUCAAGUCUGAAGCUGCUGCCUCUUCCCACUGAUCUGCCUGCUUGGCUGACAUCAUCAAAAGUGUUGUUUGGAGUCAGUUACAAUGCUUUCUCAUAGGAUUGGCUGAGACUGUCAAGGAGGCAGAUCCAGGGCAGAACCAGCCCAAGUCAAACACAGCCCUGGCCAGUCAGCAUCUCCUCAUAGAGAUGCAUUGAAUCAAUGCAUCUCUAUGAGGAAUUUUUAGUGUCUCCAUGCAGAGGGUAGAGACACUGAAUGGCAGUACUGCACAGUGUGCAGCACUGCCCCAGGAAGCAUCUCUACCAGCCAUCUGAGGAGUAGGCUGUGUAGGUACUAAUAGGCUGUAAUGUAAACACUGUUACUCACCAGAACAAAUACAAUAGCUGUAGUUGUUCUUGUGACCAUAGUGUCUCUUUAAGAAAUCAUACUUUAGUCAUUUUAGAAUGGUAAUCUUUGCUUUGGUAAAAUCCCUAUCAGAGUUAUUCACUAAACGGAGAAUUCAAAGUGAAUUUCAAAUUUAAAGUCAAAAUGGCCAAACUGGAAAAUUGUACUGAAAUUAUCUUUGAAUUAGCUAAAUUCUAAAUUACAUCUUAAGUUACAUAAAAUAACUAUGAGGUCGUGAAAUAGCCUACCUCCUGGUCAUACCUCCAAACCCAUAUAAGUAGUCGUACAGCCAUAGCGUACUCAUCAAUUUGUGAUUUAUUAUUGUUUUGGUCACAGAUCUUGGCCCAAUCAAUACAAAACCUGGGAAAUCCACAAUAUAGUUAUACAAAAUCCAAACUUUAUUUUCUACUGGUAUGAAGUCGUAGAGUAUUUUUGGGAAAGACGGUUAUUGCCAAGAUGUCAGCCGUAAAAUGUUUGCCUCCCUGAGGUCUAUUACAGGACUGCCCAAAAGGUAGAUCCCCAGAUCUUUUAGAACUACAACUCCUAUGAUGCUUUGUCUUUCUAAAGGAAUUCUUAAGGCAUGCAAAGCAUUAUGGAAGCUGUAGUUUUAAAGAAUCCGGGGAUCUACCUUUUGGGCACCCCUGGUCUAUAAUAUUCGUUCUUAUACUGAUUCUUGAUACUUUCCCCUUUUGUGACAAUGUCAUAUUUCCAAUACUGUAGGAGCAGUAAUAACAUUUCAAAUAAUCCCACAGGUUAUAGGUACGUCAUCCUUGACAUCCCUUUGCUGUUUGAAUCAAGAAACUUGAUACACUACAUGAAACACACUAUUCUUGUCUACUGGUAAGAAACUGGGCCAGCGGGAUCGAUGUAGAAGGCUCUAUUAUCGUAAUCUAUCUCCUCUGCUUUAGUUACUCAUUUCCUUCCAGUAACACAGUAGUCGUAUAACCCGAUAGUCGUGGAUCCAAAAUGCGGGUUGUGAGGGCUUCUAUAAAAAUGUACCAGCAUCUGACAUACGCUGAGAGGUCUCGUCAUGCCACAACAAGGGGUUCCCAGGUGAUGAAAAAGUUGAGCACAGGGCCUGUUGGAUGGCAUGUACAUAUAAUUUCUGUAUUGCAUCUUCAUUUUCAUGAAACAUUGUUUUCUUUCUCAUCUUCUUUCUACGCUGACUGUCAGAGCUGUUAACAAUGAUUGACAGGGAGAAAAGAUGGAGGCGCCCAGUUGCAGGAUAGAGAUGUGUGGAUUUUUACAUUUAAAUUUACUAUAUACAGUAAACAUAAUAUUUAAAAGCCUAAGAAGUGACGUUUCUCCUAUAAAUAAUUUAAUAUCAGAAGACUGUACACCUCCGUUUUUCUUCUGAGAAGAGAAUAAUAAAAAAUAACUUCUUUCCUAUAGCUGGAUUCUCUGAAAUAUUACUACAGAUGUAUGUACCACCUUGUGGUCUUGCAAAUUAUCUCUACAAUUCAUUGGAACACAAGGGGAUAAUCCUAUAUUCUAAAUACUAGUUUACAAACCACUGCUUUAGAUCUUUAGUGUAGAUUUUCUCAAGAGGCGUUAAUGUGUUGUCCACAUGUUGCUCCAUUGUUCAGAUGACACGCCAACAACGUCCGUACUGACUUAGAAGGCAGACUUUCCAAUUAUUGUUUUUUUGUUUGUUUGUUUUUUUAAGUGCCAAAUUGUGGAUUUUAAACACAAUUCUUCAGUGUUAUUACCAUUUUAUUACCAUUUGGUGGGCAGAUUGCCUUACUCUAUAUAACUUGAUUUUGCUAGAUUUCAGUUUUCUUUAAAUGACAGCCAUGUUAAAGGGACACUCUAGGCACUAGAAACACUACAGCUUAAAGGGACACUAUAGUCACCUAAACAACUUCAGCUUAAAGGACCACUAUAGGCACCCAGACCACUUCAGCUUAAUGAAGUGGUCUGGGUGCCAGGUCCAGCUAGGAUGAACCCUUUUUUCUAUAAACAUAGCAGUUUCAGAGAAACUGCUAUGUUUAUAAUAGAUUUAAUCCAGCCUCUAGUGGCUGUCUCAUUGACAGCCGCUAGAGGCGCUUCCACGCUUCUCACUGUGACUUUCACAGUGAGAAGACGCCAGCGUCCAUAGGAAAGCAUUGAGAAUGCUUUCCUAUGGACUGGCUGAUUGUGCGCGGCUCCUGCCGCGCGUGCGCACUCAGCUGAAGACGGCGAUAUAGAGGAGGAGGAGAGUUCCCUGCCCGGCGCUUAAGGGUUCCCUACCUUAAACAAUUGUAUCUCUUUCUCUGUAAAUUGAACUUUAAUCACAUACAGGAGGCUCUUGCAGGGUCUAGCAAGCUAUUAGCGGGGAAUAAGAAAGUCCAAAUUAAACAGAACUUGCAAUAAAGAAAGGAUAAACUUUAGAUGCCUAUUUACAGGAAGUGUUUAGGAAGGCUGUGCAAGUCACAUGCAGGGAGAUGUGACUAGGGUUCAUAAACAAAGUGAUUUACCUCCUAAAUGGCAGAGAAUUGAGCAGUGAGACAUGAUCUAUACAUCAAAACUGCUUCAUUAAGCUAAAGUUGUUUUGGUGACUAUAGUGUCCCUUUAACCCCUUAAGGACACAUGACAUGUGUGACAUUUCAUGAUUCCCUUUUAUUCCAGAACUUUGGUCCUUAAGGGGUUAAUGUAGUUGUCUUGGGAAAAAGAGAUUGUAACUGCAGGUUGAGCAGUGCCUAACACCACCUCUAGUUACUGUUACUCUGACAGCCAAUUAGUGGAGCUUCCUGCUUGCAGGCCUGCAAAGAUUGGAGGACUGACGUUUGGUAUCUCCAUGGUCUGUAUGAUAAUGCCGCACACUCACCAUAGAGAUAAAAUUGAGUCAUGGUCAUGGUAUCUCUACGAGAAGAUGCUGAUUGGCACAGGGUAGCAGUUGCUGCGCAUGCGUGCUUGACUCGCAAUGCUUCCCUGUGGAGACGCACUGGAUUGUUUGAGAUGACCAGUAUUAAUGACGAUCUCCUGGGUAAAUAUGGUAAGUUUCUAAAAGCUUAUUUUAACUGCUGGAGGAGCAUAUAUCAAAAUCACCUCUAUAUCACUCAUAUUGUGGAUAUAUGUUUGUAUUGCUAAACGUUCGAAUGUUCCUUUAACCCCUUCACAACGCUUGACGGAUAUUUUCUGUUGAGCUUGUCCUACCGGUAAGGACGCUUGACAUAAAAUUUUCGUCAUUUACUAACGUUAACGUCAGAUCGCCGCAGUUGUGUCCCAGGCAGACCAGCAACUGCCAGUAGCGCUGUCCCAGCACAUGUGAUCGCUGUGACAGCCAGGGUGUCAAAAGGGCCGAAAAAAUGCUAAUUGCUACUAGACUUGGUACAAACUAGCAAAAAAAUUAUCCUACGCUAAGGUUUAAACUAUGUCAUUUGAAGAAGCCUGGGGUGUCUUCUUUAAGAAAUGGUAGGCCUUUGUGGGAUAGUUUGAAUUAUCAACCUGCUAAGAUGCUCUAAAAUUAAACAUGGACCCAGCGUCAAAAUUAAAAGUUUGAAAAAAACCCGAUAUGUUGAUUUACUGUGACGUCAUAUUCCGGCUCCCGGCAUCAGCAAACGGCCUGCGAGGGAGCAGAGCAGGGAGAACACAGCUCCCUCGUCACCUAUGCUGGGAACACAGCUGCCCGCCGGGGGGUCCAUUAGGUGGGCCCCCCUAUGACAGGAGGAACACUGGGGGCUGCAUCCCGGUCUGACAGGAAGUGCUCUUUUAGUGAGCACUUCCAGACAGAACGCUCGGCCACGAUACACACAGGCAGGAGGGGAGCAGCACAGCCCUCCUCUCCUGUCAGACACCUUGGGGGGUAUCCAGGCGGCCCACGGUCGCAGGGGUUGUGGCUGCGACCACUGCGACCGUGGUAGGUACGCCACAGGUAACAUCUCCAUGUGUGUUUUUAAAAAGCAGAAAAAAUGCUAAUUGCUACUAGCUAUGGUACAAACUAGCAAAAAAAUGAUCCUACACUAAGAUUUAAAAUAUGCCUUUUGGGGCGUGGCCGACCGAGCUGAAACAUAGACGCGUCUCCUUUGAGCUCCGUACCAAAAACGGCCUAAAUACACCAUUUAAACCAUCUAGAGCAUUGGGGAGACAAAUACCCGAUAUCUGGUGGGGGGUUAAUAAUAUGGGGCGCAGGAAUAGAAAGUUUCGAGGCUUGGAGAGCCCAAGAGUGCCAGAUAUAAGGCUCUCAUUCGAGUGGCCUACCCUGCCGCCGCCUCCCAAGAUGGCACCGGAACCUCGAGAGGAGGAAGAAGCCUCAGAAGAGUCAUAUGAACAGGAGGAACUGCUCACCUCCCCGAGAGAGGACUCCCAAAAGGCAGAGUCAGAUGAGGACUCCUCUCCCUCAACGAAGGGAGAUAUUAAAAGGCUCCUGACAGACCUGCGAAAGUUGUGGAAAGCCGACCUAAAAGAGACCCAGGAGGAGAUGGGCGUCCUCCGCCAGAAGGUACAAGCUGUGGAGUCCGGGGAGAGCACCCGGGACGCCAUGCUGCAAACCACCCAAAGCCAGGUAGAAGGCCUUGCUCAGCAAAUGCAGAGGCUAUACCAGACAAUUUCUGUGAUGGAGUCCCGACACAGACGUCGGAAUAUCUGCCUCCGCGGUAUACCCAAGACAAUAAGGGAGGAGGCAUUGCUGCCUUUUACCCGGAGGCUAAUCACAACAAUGGGCAUUAAGGGUGGAACUGACCCCAGGCUUUUCACCUCAGAAUUCAGAGUCCGCAAGGCUGCAACGGCACCAGCAGGAGCACCCAGAGACACAAAUGUGGUCACCAGGGACGUUGCAAAACGUUCUGCCUUCCUGACCCGCUCCAGAGUCUUGGUAAUCGGCCAGUUCGAGGGCUGCACAGUUGCAAUCUACAGAAACCUACCCUUUUCCGUUCUGCUGGAGAGAAGAAUGCUGGCUUCCAUAGCUGGCCACCUACGGGGUCAUGAGGUGAAAUACCGCUGGGGAAAAGACGGCUCACUGACCGUCCAGCAGAGUGAUACCACUACGGUACUAUCCUCUUCGGGAGACACAGAGGCAUUCCUGCUACAGCUCAAACUGCCACCAAUAAAAACUACGAGGGCAGCAACACAAGCAAAAGGAACUGUCACCUGAACGAUCCAGUGACACUUGCCUAGAUCCAAGACACCUGUUCCUGUGAACACUCGAGAUCCGACUCUACCAGUUUUGCUCUAUCUAUUCUAGUGCAUCCCGAUUAACACCUCUGCUUAUCUAUGACUUAGCUGUGCAGCUCAGAAAUAUGUGCACCAAACUAGCCACCAUUUACUACUGUGCCAAAACAGUCUCCCUAUUAAUGUAAUUAGCGCCUGUCGCGCCAAACCAUUGUCGAUAUCUUUCUAUGUCUUUAUUUCCUUUACCUUCAUUUACGUAUAUUGAAUAAGAUGUACACUUGUAUACAGAUUCAAAUAAAAUUCAAACAAUACAAAAAAUAAUAAAAUGCAUUUUGAAAUAGCCUGGCGUCUCUUCUUUAUGAAAUGGUAGGCUUUUGUGGGGUAGUUUGAAUUAUCAACCUGCUAAGAUGCUAUAAAAUUGCACAUGGACCCAGCGUCAAAAUUUAAAGUUUGAAAAAAACUGAUAAGGCUUGGUCUCCAAUGUGCCCCAUCAACAUUCACAUAUUCCUGAAAAAGGUAAACAUGGGGGUAUUGUUGUACUAAGACGACAUAGCUGCAACAUAUUAGGUGUUAUACUGCCGUAGCACACAUAAGGAUUGCAAAAUAUACAGUAACAUCUCCAAGUGUGUGUCAAAAAGGCAGAAAGAAUGCAAAUUAUUACUAGAAUGAUCCUACACUAAGGUUUAAAAUAUGCCUUUUGAAAUACCCUGGGGUGUCUACUUUUACAAAUGGUAGGCCUUUGUGGUUUUCUUUCGAACAGUCAAACUGCUAUAAUGCCCCAAAUUGAAACAUAGUCCACUCAAAUCAGUCUCUCAGAAUUCUACUGUAAAUACUAAAAUGGACAGGUCUCCUAUACGGCACGGAAGCUUCACGAAAUAGUGCAAAGACAAUGGGGGUAUUGUUGUACUUAGCAGGUGUAGCUGAACACAAAAUUAGAUUUUAUACAGGAAAAGCACACACCCACUUUACGAAAUACACAUGAGAAGAUCUUUGUUAUAAGUUUGUGUGUCAAACAAUAUUUAGCAGAGAUUGGCAGUGAAAUGGCUACUUAAAAAGUGUCAAAAUAACCCCAGGUAAAUAGCCUGUGAUGUCUACUUUAUAUAAAUAUAUACUUUUGUGUGGCAAUUUUGUUUUCUUUUAUGGCUAUUAAACUUACAAGACAAACAUACCAAAUUCUAAAAUCGCUCCACAUUAAAAGUUUUAUUUUACUCCUUGUGCUUUGUGACCUGUAACUACCAAAAAAAAAAACCUUAAAAUUCCAGACACAUUAUAUAUUCUGUAAAUCAGAACAACUAAAUUACUUUAUAUUAAAUUACUUUUCUUAACCUGCACUAAUUAUGCACACAUUAUUAUUGUAAAAACUGUAAAAAACAAACAAUAUUUUUACUUUUUUUUUGCAUUUGUUUUUGCUUUUUUAUAAUAAAUAAGCAUUUAUAUAUGUAUAUGUUACAUCAAAUUAAAGCCCUUUGUGUGUUGGUGCAAUAAAUUAGUAAAAUGCAAAUUGCAGUUAAAAGCAAACAGCAAAAUAUGCAAAAAUGUGUCCUUAAGUGCAAGAUAAGCGUUUGAAGCUGUGUCCUUAAGGGGUUAAUUUAAGACCUGCUUCCCCAAACUCCGGCCCUCCAGAUGUUGCUGAACUACAACUCCCAUGAUUCUCAGCGUAUCUAUUUCAUUAAUAGAAUCAUGGGAGUUGUAGUUCAGCAACAUCUGGAGGGCCGGAGUUUGGGGAAGCCUGCUUUAAGACACCUCUGCGCUAUUUAGGACAACAGGUGGGCCUUUGGGUGGAUUUUUUUUCCAGUUUCCUUUUUUUAUUUUUGACUGUAAAUAAUGUUCAACCAAGUCUUUAAAGACAAGAGUCAAUUUUAAUCUGUUAAAGCGGAACCAUCACUUCUCUUUUCUGUAGUCAUUUACAGUGGUGAGGGAACAACCUCAGUGUUUAGGGCAACUCUGCCACCCCAUAAUACCCCAGCAAUCUGCCAUCUAGAGUAGAAAUACAGGCAUUCUUUCAGUAGUGCCGGUUCUGAACACACUCUGUCCGUACAUCCCUGCAAGUGUUAAUUUAAUGUGUAUGUCAUGCCUGGACAGUAAGGUUGGGAAACCAAAUUAAAAAUAAAUAAAAACUAGUUAGAAUAUGACCCCUGGUUCCCAGCUUCUUUUAACAUUUUUCAUUAAAUAACCCUUUACUUACCCUUUUUCUUCAGUGUAAGAACCACAAAAGGUGUGUUUAGCUCUGCAAUGUAAACAUUGCCCAAUCUCCCAAAAUGGCAAUGCUUUACAUUGCGUGAGCGAAAUGCAUGGGGCACUGCUCACAGAUCACUUGAUUGAGAUGAAGGGUCUUUCUGCUUAUAGUGUCCCUUUAAGUGUAGUUUGUGAUACGUUUCCAUUGAAAACAAAAUAAAUCAAAAGCAUGAUGUAGUCACAAUGGUUUUCCUGGCAACGUCAUAUUUAUUGUAGUAUAUGUUAAAAUGGUAGCUGGUAAUAAUUGCUAUGCAUAUGCUGUACCCAUUUCACAAAGCAUGCUAUCCUGUUGCAAUGCCAGAUAGAGGAUAAAACCAGCUUGAAGCAUUACGAGAGAUUGAUAGUCUGGAAUGGUUACAGGAAUUCUGGCUAGGACCACUACUUUAGUGGGCGUAUUGGUGGCAGAGAAAACACAGGUUUCAAAUUGGUUAUCAGUUGCCAAGGGAAUUAGUAAAAGCACACAGCUAUCUUUAAACAAGCUGUUUUGCAUUUGAACAAUGGAUGUAUGAACAUCUUGGCAAUGGAAUAAUUAGCAACAAUUGGAAUCUGUGCUCAAUCACUCGGGGAAAUAUUCUAUCAAAGGGGAUGAGCAAGUGAUAGUGAGUGACUUUAGCUAAUAUUGGUAUAGAAAAAAGAGGCAAAACUAUUACCUGAACAGGCAUCAUGCAAGUCAAUUUUCAUGGAAGCAGGGGGCUCUUGUCUCCCUUUGUCCUAUGCUAUGGAUGAUUUGGCCAAAUCAACAGCAGCAUUUGACAUGAUCAUUUUAAAGCAGAGGAAUGUUUUAAUGGAGUGGGUACUUUGUCACAAACUCAUUUGUUAAACCUAAUAAAAUCAAUCAUGUAAUACUGUAUAUGUUAUGAAGUAUAUCAGGAAAGCUGGAAGCCGCAACUAAAACAUUAAACUAUACAACACAUAUAUGUGCCGUUUGUAAAGUGAUGGCUUUAGUAUGGUCGAUACUGCAGGAUGGGGGUUAUUGUAACAAUGUUACUUAUAGAAAGUUUCUAGAAAUCACUGAAUUGCCAUUUUUCUGUCUCUUCCCAGCGAUCCUCAGACCCAAACAGAACGUCUGAUCCUGAGGAAUGGUCUAUCCCGGGAGGAUGCUAUGAAACGGCUGGCUUCACAGCUCCCUAUAGACAGUAAGGUGCCACUGGCGGACCUUGUAAUUAAUAACUCAGGAGACAGAGAUAGCACCCGGCAGCAGGUACUACAGCUCCACGCUCGUCUGGAGGCAUCUUUAAGCUACCUUCCUGUUCGGGUGGCUGCUUUGACAAUGACCACAGGAAUCGUGGCUUGCAUGUGGAUCUUACUUCGGCGGUUCUGGCUGUAAAGAAAAGUAGAGGAACAAUUGCAAAUGGAAAUUUAAUUAUAUCAUUUAAUAACAAUGUCUUUUUAAAUGGUUCAGUGGUGUCUUGGAGCCUGAUACCACUGACUUUUAGGGAUAUACUUUGAUUGAUACAUAUAUUUUGGAAUAAAUUUUAAUUUCUUGACUAA